UCGGUCCAUUGUUUGUGUUAUUCUGUCAGUCUUGUCUCGUUUUGGAUUACCAGUGUUCUUGGUCUUCUUGGAUUUUCUAGAGUUUUGGAUCUCCAGAUCUUUAUCUGGAAUUUUGGGCUACUGGCUCCCUGCCUUGGAAUUAUUAUUUUUUUGUUUCACCUUAAAAUAAAAGAUUUUUCUUAAUCUUCAUCCCUGCCUCGUGUCAUCCUGGCUCUGCAAGCGGUCCCUUUCUGUCUCCUGGUCCUGAGUGAGCAGAUUUGAAGUAGCUGUCAGCAAACCAGAUUUGUCUGUUUUCUUUUAAUUCCACUGAGAGUCACCCCUUUCAAAAUGGGGUGAUUGUGGACUUUCCUUAUCCUGCUAAUCAACCUGAAACAAGCCCGGGACAGAGCUCCUUCUGAUGUCUGAGGGUUCAGACUCCAAGCUCUAUCGCUUCCCAGUGCUAGAGGACCGAGAUGGACCUUUGGGAUGCAGACCAUCUACUUCGAGCAGUUCCCUCUCAUGCGGCGCCUCGGGCUGCAGCUCAAUGGCACAGCUGCACUGGGUGGGAGGCUUCAGCCAAAGUAGACCUGAACUGGGCCUGCCUUCAGAGGGCAGCGACAGCAGCAGUCAGGGCCCCACCGUCUCGCUACACAGCAUUCGCAAGAACGGACGCUCUCGCUUGCAUCCUGAUGAGGAUGUGGAGAUGAAGAGCAGUGGAUCAAGUGGGAGUGGGACCGAAUCGCACGGCAAUGAAAGCAACGGAAAUGAGAGUCAUGGGAACGAGAGCCACAGCCACGAGUCAGUGGGCAGCUCCAAUGGCAACAGCAAGGAUUCAGCACUACUGGAGUCCUCUGAAAGCAUUAAAAGUUCAAACUCUCACAGCCCAUCUCCACCUAGUAGCUCAAACGCCUACAGCCUGCUGAGCUCAGAGCAGGACAACCCUUCAACCAGCGGCUGCAGCAGCGAUGAAUCUGCAAAGGCCAAGAACCAGAAGGAGGUGAUUAAAACGCUGAAGGAGCUGAAGCUGCACGUGCCCGCCGACAAAAAACACAACAGCAAGUCGACCACACUGAACACGCUGAAGUACGCUCUUCGCUGUGUGAAGCAGGUGGAAGCCAAUGAGGAGUAUUACCAGCUGCUGAUGAUCAAUGACAGUCAGCCCUCGGGUCUGGAUGUUUCUUCUUACACCAUCGAAGAGAUCGAUAGCAUCACAUCUGAAUACACCCUCAAAAACAACGAUAUUUUUGCUGUAGCCGUGUCUCUGAUCUCUGGGAGAAUAGUCUACAUUUCUGACCAAGCUGCCUCCAUCCUCAACUGCAAGAGGGACGUGUUCCAGGACUCCAAGUUUGUGGAGUUUCUGACACCGCAGGACAUCAGCGUGUUCUACAGCUUCACUACGCCGUACCGUCUGCCCUCAUGGAGCAUGUGCGCCGGAGCAGAGUGCUCUCCCUCCGACUGCAUGCAAGAGAAGUCCUUCUUCUGUCGUAUCGGUGGUGGUAAGGAGUGUGAGGGUGAGCUACGGUACUAUCCCUUCCGUAUGACACCUUACCUGAUGAAGGUCCAGGACUCGGUUCAUGCUGAAGACCAGUUCUGCUGCCUCCUCCUGGCUGAGAAGGUUCACUCUGGAUAUGAUGCUCCCAGAAUUCCAACGGACAAGCGUGUUUUCACCACCACACACACUCCAGGGUGCGUGUUUCAGGAUGUGGAUGAAAGGGCUGUUCCUCUCCUCGGAUACCUCCCGCAGGACCUGAUCGGUACCCCGGUCCUUCUUCGCCUACAUCCCAGCGACCGCCAGAUUAUGUUGGCCAUUCACAGAAAGAUCCUUCAGUGCGCUGGGCAACCGUUUGACCACUCAUCGAUCCGCUUCUGUGCACAAAACGGAGAGUAUGUCAUCCUUGACACCAGCUGGUCCAGUUUUGUGAAUCCCUGGAGCAGAAAGGUCUCCUUUGUUAUCGGCAGGCACAAAGUCCGUAUGGGCCCGAUGAAUGAAGACAUCUUCAUGCCCCCUGUCUUGUCUGUGGGCCGAAUGAAGACCAUGGACCCCGACAUCCAGGAGAUAUCUGAGCAGAUUCAUCGACUCCUGCUACAGCCGGUUCAUAACAGCGGGUCUAGUGGCUACAGUAGUCUGAACAGCAAUGACCAUCUUCAGGGGAUGACUUCAUCCAGUGAGAGCCUGAACAACGGCAACGGGAGCAGCAUGCAUCAGGAAGGAGAAUCAAAGGGCAAAAGUAGACCUCGCACUUUUCAUGAAAUCUGUAAGGGAAUCCAUCUUCAGAAGUGCCAAGAGCAGCAGAGCCACAGAUCAGAACACAAAAAAAGCAGCGGAAUUGAGUCAGUGCAGAACAGCCAAGCAGUGGUCCGACCCAAAGACUCCAGCCACGUCUCGAACUGGAAGGAGGCUUCUGUGGAGGAGAGUAGAGCUACUUCUCAAGAGGAGCUGAGCCUUAAUGAUCAGACUGUUUACUCCUACCAGCAAAUCAGCUGCCUGGACAGCGUGAUCAGGUAUUUGGACAGCUACAAUGUUCCACUCGUCAUGAAGAGGAAAUGCCUUUCCUCCUCCAACACCACGUCCUCUAACUCUGAUGAGGACAAACAGAAAACCUCCCACAGUGUUAUGGCCUCUGAAGAACCAGCCUUAUUGAAGGGUCAGUCUGGGCUCUCUGCUUUGGAUGAUCCUGACAGAAAGUCCACGGUGGUAGUGGGCACUUCAAUGCCCCUACCUGUUCCAAACAAGCCAGAAAGUGUGGUGUCCAUCACCAGCCAGUGUAGCUACAGUAGCACUAUAGUGCAUGUUGGGGACAAGAAACCUCAACCAGAGUCAGAGAUCACAGAAGACGUGCCCGGAGCAGUAGAGGCAGCAGAAACCAGCCACAACCUUCACUAUACGAUUCCGGCUCCCAGUCCGGAGAGGGAGCCCUACAAGGAGCUGGGUUUAACGAAGGAAGUUCUGGCAGCUCACACUCAGAAGGAGGAGCAGGCCUUCUUGUACCGCAUCCGAGAGCUUCGUGGACUCGCUGCCUUCCAAGCAAACUGCUCUCAGUCUCUGGAGCAUCAGAGGGUUGAGACCGACGCUGAUGCUUCACCUGCCGCUCCACCCUGUAAGCAGGAAGUGUCAAAUGCAGGGCCGACCACACGCCGAGGAUCACGGAAUAAGAAGAUCAAGUCAAAGAGAGCGAAACUCAUUGCGUCUUCAAACAAUACGGCGCCCCAUCACAGAAGGCAGCCACCACAGCCCCCUCAGUUGAACGGUGGCUUCAAACAGACCUCAUGGUCUCCUUCUGAUGUACAGUCUACAUUCCCCGUGGCAUAUACGGUUGUAAUGCCAGGCUACCCCCUGCAGGUUCACCCUGGAGACACGUCCACGUCUGCCUACACAGACGCCACAGCACAGGGAUUUGGGAAUAACCAGGCACCUCCCUGUCCUCCUACCAUUCAUUCUGAUUCCUUCACCUCCCAAGCGGUCACCCCCGUUGUGGCUUUGAUGCUACCUAAUUGUUUAUACCCUUUAGUGGACCCUGGGCAUCCACCUCCUUCAGUGCCAGUUUAUCAAGUAGAGACUGGAGGCAUUCCCUCCCAAAUGCAGCUAUUUGAUCAGGCUGCCUUUCCAGGACAAGGAGCAUUCCCUUCUCCUCCCCAGAACCACUUUACUCCCCUAGCAAGCUACCUGUGCCCAUCAUUCUACGUCCCCUUGUCAUCAGAAACUCCAAAACCACCUGUGGAAAGCUGUUCGCGUUCCUCCACGCCACAGUCUGGAGACAGCAGAGGUCCGACGUCUCCACCUUUGUUCCAUUCUUGCUGCAGCUCACCCCUCAAUCUGCUGGAGCUGGAACUGUCUGUGGACAGGCAGGACAACAUGGCGCUGUCCUCAGGAGGUCAAGGGAGCAACAUGGUCGAGAUGGAGAAAGGAGCGAGUGCCAACCAGGCCAAGGAGAGGGAGUUAAAACAGCCCUCUCUCAGUCUCCUUGGUCCACCAGGACCCUUGUAUUUCAAGCCCACAUCCAGUGUCUGUGAGGGUUUGUCUUGGGAUAAAGUGUGGUCUAGGGUCGGGGCUUUCAGCAAACAGAGGAGCUCUCGAGAUGAAACCAACAUCAGCGACGCCAUCUCAACCUCCAGCGACAUGCUGGACAUCAUUCUCCAAGAAGACUCCUACUCAGGCACGGGCUCGGCCACCUCUGGGUCCAUGGGCUCAGGGUCAAACGGCUGUGGGACCUCAGCCAGCGGAAUUUCCAAAAGCAGGACAUCAGCAAGUGGGACGUCAGGCAGUUUUUCAGGAAGCAACAACAGCAGUAAAUACUUUGGCAGCGUGGACUCAUCUCAGAGCAGCCAAAAGGUCAAAGGUCACUCAUGGGGCAGCAAGGGAGGACCUGCGGAGACGGAGCAAAGUGAACAGUUCAUAAAGUGUGUGUUGCAGGACCCGCGGUGGCUGCUCAUGGCUAACACUGAAGAGGAGGUCAUGAUGACCUACGAGCUGCCCUCACGCGACAUCCAGAGCGUGCUCAGAGAGGACAGCGAGAAGAUGCGGCUGCUGCAGCAGUGCCAGCCUCGCUUUUCAGAAGAGCAGAAGAAGGAGCUGAGUGAGGUCCACCCCUGGAUAAUGAAGGGAGGACUUCCCAAAGCCAUAGAUGUUAAGGGUUGCUCCUCUUGUGACAUCACCUCAGAGUCAGCAGCAGGGCCAGAGGAUCAUCCGGACAUGGACCUCGGUGAUACAGAGAUUGGAGAUGUCGUCUGCCUCUGCCCUUCCCCGAACAUCAGAAUCCAGACGGAAGAAACAAGACAAUAAUGCAGAUUUUUAAAGAGACUUGUUCUGCAGAAAUGUAAAGGAAGCUGCCUUAGAGGACCAGUUACAGUCCAUGCUUUUAUAAGAUGGAUAUGCAAGUGGUUAACAUCACUUUUCUUCCUAUUUUAAGUCUAGGAUGGAUUGUUUUGUCGUUUUCUGGGUUGUGUGACUGCAUGUUUGUUUCUUGGUUAGCCGUGUUGCGCCUGGAAGCGUGUCAUGCUCCUGAUUAGCAGACGCACCGCUCAAAAGGGAACAGGAAGCUCUCAAACACAAUAAGAGGUCACGCAGCAACAUGCAGAGGCACAGUGGUGUUCAGAUGAACUUUUGGAGGGUUUCUCAUCUGAAUUACAUCAGCUUCAGUUACUCUUGCCAUCCAAAUAAAUCAAAAACCAAAUGAGCACAAGGGCUAGCGAACUAGACCAAUUUCUUGUUUGCUCGGCUACAAAAGGGCACUUUGUAGGCUAAAUCUGAAGAAUAUGGAGGGGCUGCUCUAUUUUUCAUAUUAGUCAUUUAAAAGCACACCUAAAUCACACAUUUAUUUUACAAAAAACACUUAAAUUACUCGUAAAAUGUUUGCAAUUUCAGGAAGAAUUAAAGUCAGUUAUGACCUCAUUAUUCUAACUCAGAAGGAUCUUUUCAGACUCUGAACAUUAUAUCGUCACAUCAGGUGACCUCCAUAAUGCAGCGAAGCAGAACUAUGCUGCCUUUAUCCGGUUCGGGUCAUUUCAAACAGUUUUAGGAGUCAAGUGUUACCCAAUAAAGCUCAGUGUGGAGAUAUUUAGGUUCGAUGUGUCUGAAAAGUGCAUUUGUUUUAAAGCGAAAGCUGUAUUUCUUUGCUGCCUCUUGCCACAUUAAAUGCUUGCGUUUUGUUUUUCAAAAAUUAUUUUUGAUGAAAAAAAUGUUUUAUUUCAAAUCUGACCAAAAGGAGAAAUACUGCUCUAAAUUUAUUUUUUAAACAUUCCCGCAGGAGCGGUUGUUUAUUAUGAAAAUAUCAAAGCAGGAUAUUCUUGAUGUGAUCUGAAACUGCCCUCAGUGAUGUGUAAGUCUGAGCGUUUCAGAUCGAUUUAAGGGUUAUUGUGCAGACAUGAGCUCUGUCCCAUUCAUGAGGUGGCGUGAAUCUGUGCCACUUCUGUGAACAUUUCCUCAGGCUGUCUUUCUGCUACUGAUGUAAAUAACUUUUGUUUUUGUGUUUCGUGUCUUCAGGUGUUCUGUUUUAACAAAAGUAAGUUAUCAAAAAUAAAAAACGUUGCCCAAUUUUCUGAAAAAC